UUAGGCAGGAGGUGUGCAGGCGCAGGGGCGGAGAUCCUGACUUCACUGGAAACCAGAAAUUGGGUUUAUGUGAACGAUAUGUCACCCGCUCCCUCCUCCCUUUUCUUUCUGAAGACUAUUUUAAAUCUUUCUCCUUUCAGGCCCCCCAUCCCGGUAGAUGGGGACGGGGUGACAUUCCACGGGUACCGGUUCUUCUCUGGUGGGCCCUGUCGCGCUGGGGGAGGGGCGCAGGGACCCCGCGUCAGACCAGUAGCUUUGUUUUCGAGACUGGGGGCGAGCUUUGCGGGCAAGGAGGAAUGAAACUGAGCCCCUCAGUCUCAUAGGACAGUUCAUACUGUACUGGUCUGGGCUUUGGCUGGAGGCUCGGGCAUUUCACUUUCGCAGAGGCCGAAACCCAGCUCCAGGUGUGGGCGCUCUCGGCGGGCGGGGUCCGAACCUCCGAGCGGCUCUAGGCGCCGACUGGGUGGGGUGGGUGGCUAGGUGGGGGAUGAACUUGCACCCAUAGAGGGAUCCUGUGGGGGCAAGUGUGAAUGCGUGUGUAAGCGAGGCAAAAAAAGAUAAGAAAGGAGAGAGAGAGGAGAAUAAAGUCAAAGCUGUUUCCACAACUUUGGCGGCGGCGGGCAAGCGCCGGAGCGGGGAUUUCGGGUUUCGGAGUUGGCUUGGGGCAGUCUGAUUGUGCCGGGGCUCUGCAGGGACACGCAGAAGACGAGGUGCCGCCUGUUCUGACAACCUGGCGGGUAGACUGGCAAAGGCAGCACGCCUGGAGAGCUAGUCGUGUCAUCUGGGGGGGCGUCAGGCGGGAGUGGCCCAGCCAGUCGGACGGGUUUUUGCCGGGAGCCGCGAGCCCGUGCCAGCGGCGCCCGGGCUGGGCCGCCUAGCGUCUGUGCGCGCCCCGGCCCGCAUCCCGGCUUCCGAUCCGGAAUCCCCGGCCCCAGAGAGCCGAAGGCAGAGCGACGGUGGCCGGGGAGCGUACGGUGCCCCUGUCCGAGGAAAGCUCAAGAGGAAGCCGAGGAGAGGGCCAGUGCAGCGAGAGGGCCGGUCCCGGGCGGGGCGCGGGGUCAUGGAGGAGCCGCGCAGCAGCGGGCAGCUGAGUCCCGAGUCCCAGACUCGGCUGCGAAGCGGCGGAGCCCGAGGCCAGAGAGGGCCGGGAAGCGCCUGCGGCGCCGAGAGCCCCACGAGCGCCCGGACGCGGUCCCCAGCAGCUCCUGCCCGCUACGCACGACCCCCGCUGCAUCCCGAGGACCGUCACGACGGCACCAGCAACGGGACGGCACGGUUGCCCCAGCUGGGCACUGUAGGUCAAUCUCCCUACACAAGCGCCCCGCCGCUGUCCCACACCCCCAAUGCCGACUUCCAGCCCCCCUACUUUCCCCCACCCUACCAGCCUAUCUACCCCCAGUCGCAAGAUCCUUACUCCCACGUCAACGACCCCUACAGCCUGAACCCCCUGCACGCCCAGCCGCAGCCGCAGCACCCAGGCUGGCCCGGUCAGAGGCAGAGCCAGGAGUCAGGGCUCCUGCACACCCACCGGGGGCUGCCUCACCAGCUGUCGGGCCUGGAUCCUCGCAGGGACUACAGGCGGCACGAGGACCUCCUGCACGGCCCACACGCGCUCAGCUCAGGACUCGGAGACCUCUCGAUCCACUCCUUACCUCAUGCCAUCGAGGAGGUCCCGCACGUAGAAGACCCGGGUAUUAACAUCCCAGAUCAAACUGUAAUUAAGAAAGGCCCCGUGUCCCUGUCCAAGUCCAACAGCAAUGCAGUCUCCGCCAUCCCUAUUAACAAGGACAACCUCUUCGGCGGCGUGGUGAACCCCAACGAAGUCUUCUGUUCAGUUCCGGGUCGCCUCUCGCUCCUCAGCUCCACCUCGAAGUACAAGGUCACGGUGGCGGAAGUACAGCGGCGGCUCUCACCACCCGAGUGUCUCAACGCGUCGCUGCUGGGCGGAGUGCUCCGGAGGGCGAAGUCUAAAAAUGGAGGAAGAUCUUUAAGAGAAAAACUGGACAAAAUAGGAUUAAAUCUGCCUGCAGGGAGACGUAAAGCUGCCAACGUUACCCUGCUCACAUCACUAGUAGAGGGUAAGCGAAUCCACUUGCUAACUAGAAGGAACUUCCUUCUUGGAAAAUGGAUAAUAUUUAGUGGCCAGAUGUUUGGUUGUAUUUUGUGUCAGUUGGGCAGUUUCAUCUUUGCAGAGAAUAUAGCCAGAUGUGAAUGGAAUUCUUUCAUGGCAAAAAGAAACAUUUGCAUAUACUCCUAUACCUUCAUCCUUCUGCCUAGCACUGACAUGACCCAAGCCCCAGAGACCAGACAGGGUGGGCCACGAUGUUUGGGAGAGCCCAGCCACGUGCUGCCUGGAUCCCGGCAGAGGUGGCUGCAGGGAGAGAGGUUUUCUCUUGGCUGCUGGUGCUGCCCAAAGUGGAGCCUUAUGUCUCUCUCUCUGCUCCGCUUGUGCUGCAGACAGAUAUGCAAAGAGUUCACCGACCUGCUGGCUCAGGACCGAUCUCCCCUGGGGAACUCACGGCCCAACCCCAUCCUGGAACCCGGCAUCCAGAGCUGCUUGACCCACUUCAACCUCAUCUCCCACGGCUUCGGCAGCCCCGCGGUGUGUGCCGCGGUCACGGCCCUGCAGAACUAUCUCACCGAGGCCCUCAAGGCCAUGGACAAAAUGUACCUCAGCAACAACCCCAACAGCCACACGGACAACAACGCCAAAAGCAGUGACAAAGAGGAGAAGCACAGAAAGUGAGGCCUCCUCCCGACCUGCCCCUCCCACGCCUCACCAGUCCCCGCGCGCCCACCCACCGGCGGGUGACAGCUCCGGGAUCAGCAACCCUUCCUGCUGCUGCUGCUACUGCUGCUGCUGCUGCCGCCGCCGCCGCCGCCGCUGCCCUUGGGUCCCCCUCCGAGUCUCCGGAACUGCUCUCUCGACUGUCAGUGGGGUAGCCGCUCCGACUCUGCGCCCGCCUCGACCUCCCCACCCGCUCCCACACCCCUGUGCCCUCAUGUGGAGCCUAAGAGAACAGAACAGGCCGUGAAGCCAGCAGAGAAAAGUUCUGCCGAGUUUGUGAACCCCCCCUUUUUUUUUUAAACAAAACAACAAAUCAACAACAGCAACAAAAAUUUAAAACUUUUUUCUAAAAAAAAAAGUAAAAAUAAAAAAAAUUAUAUGCGCUUCAUGGGACUGAGUCACCACCUUCCCUUACAUCAGUUCAGAUUGUAGCCAUACUUUAAAAAAAAAAAAAAACCAAAAGGAUGAUGACAACAUUUUUAUCAGUAUUGUGAAUAAACUUGAACACAAAUACACGAAGUUCCAUGUCAUGUCUUCAGUUGUAGAAGUUUUUCCUCUUUAAGGUAAAGCGACCAACUUGAAGUUUCUCUGGCAACACGAUUCGCAGUUAUAUAAGGGAAUCAGUGUUCACGUCUCUGUAUAUAUUUAUUUAUGUGUAAUUUAAUGGGAAUUGUAAAUAUGGUGAGUCUGUUUUAAGCCUUUUUUUUUUUUUUAUUUAUCUGAUCUUGUUUACCUCUUGUUUAGUGGGUUUUGAAUCUUCCCUAUUAGUUCUUCAUGUGGUUCAUGGUACUGAUUUAGAAAUCCAAUGUUUGGGGGAUUUUGCUCUCUGGGAUUCAUGAAUUUAGCCCUGUUGUAGCAUGUUAAAGAUGACAAACAGCUGGACAAAUUUUUAAAAGGUAAAAUAAAAUUUUAUCUGUAAUUAGUAUUAUUACAUUUAGCUUUUCAUUGAAUUGAAAGAAAAAAAGUGAUAUUGGACCCUGGAAAGAUUUUUAAACUUGAGUGGUUUGAUAACCCUUCUAUGUAUUGUAGGGAGAAAAAAAAAAGUUUAUUUUAUUCCACUGUCCCUCACUUAAAGGCAUCAUUUGAGCAAUAAAUGAAUAUUGUCUUUAAACCAAGGGUUAGGGAAUUUUCCUCUCUCUCUCUCUAUCGCUGUCUCUCUCUCCUCUCUCUUUUUGUUCAAAGAACUUCAAACAUUUGGGACCACCUGGUAUUCUGUAUUUUCACUGGCCAUAUUGGAAGCAGUUCUAGUUGCAUUGUAUUGAGUUGUGCUGGCAGUAGUUUCCAUGCCUGUCAAUGUAUCAUAGUCCUUUGUUGCCCAGAUAAAUAAAUAUUUGAUACGCUUUAUGUCGAUUUUUUUUUAUUCAGUGGCUGUCUUUACCCAGGCGUAUUUUUGUUCUUGGCAGUAUUUUUUAUUCAGUAUGGUUACAGUAAUUGAGUUUAACUCUCCCUUGGCAAUUGCUCCUUGCAAUAAGCAGCUGAACCCAUUGUUUCCCUCAAGUAUAAUAAAAACUUACUUUCAACUUGGAGUUCAGAGCAGGGUAUCAUUUAGAUAUUCCACUGAGUCUGUAUUCAGACAAAUGACACAAUAAAACCCAAUGUAUUCUUUUGGAUAAAAGAUUGUACUGCUAAAGGAAUGACAUACUGUCUUUUCCUUACUAGAAACAUUAAUUUUAUUAUUAAAAAUAAAGUUUUAUUUUAUUUAUGUUGA